AUGUUCUUUAAAACGAUGCUGCUGAUUCUGCUAUUGUUUGCAUUUACUUCGGACAGCUGCAGCUUCGGCAAACGCGGCAGAACACGGACUCAUCAGAGCGACGAUGAAUGCGUUUGUGCUAGCGCCAUUCGCUAUAAUCCUCUGACAGACUCGAACAUCACUAUCGAUCCUCAUUGUGACUGCAGAUCGUACGGCUUCGGAAUAGUGCGAGUGAUCCCACACAGGGCUUGCAUUGCUGAUACAUGUGGCACGAUGCACGUGGACCUGUCAUCCGCAUGUGUCAGAUGCGGCAUGUGUGUAGCUAUCGCCGAGGAAAUUAAUCAAACUCUACUGGAGAUCCAUGACGUGAUGGCGCCUGACGAUUGGCUAAAUGAAACAGAGACUGUACUUCUUUUAAGAACUAUCUGCGAUCAAUCUUUUCGACAUUAUGGUUUGCGAGAAAUUGAUGGCAAAAGAUUUAUUUCCGAUCCUUUACCGGGUGACAAACUUGUCAUUUCAUCUGCCGAUGGAUUGUGGGAAAAAAACUUGAGAAACAUGUGUCACGAGUAUCUUAAUGAGAUACAAGAAUUGCAGUUGUAUAGGAAUUGGAGAGAGUGGUGCGAGGAUGAUGAGCAUAUUCCUAAUCUGGAAAAUAUCCUUUGCAGAAAUGAGAUUAGCAGUCUACGAGACUGCAGAGGUAUGGACAACAUAUACAGGCGACAAAUACCUACGAAGAUUUUUGGUGCACGUGUAAAGCUUUUAGCCGAAUAUAAUUAAUGUGUACUUUUGAUUAUAUAAGAAAGUAUCUAUAAAACAAUAUUAUAUACAUAUUCGACAUGUUAUUUGAUAUAAUAGUUUUACGGCUUGAAUAGAAACAAACAUUUAUCAUAUUUAUAAUUUGAAAUUUUGCAAGCAUGCGUAAUAUAAUGUAUG